AAUAAAAAACACCAAUGUAGCUAGCCUUUGACCAUUCAAAAGUCAACCCUCCUUCAAGUAGUUGCCUUUUGCUCUACAAACAAAACACAAAGACCAUAAAGAGUAAAGACUAAUCCCUCUAUAUAAACUAUUUCAUCUCUUUCGUAAUAAUAAGACAAUACAAAACUUUCCAGCUUGUGAAAACAAAAGAUCUCUUGAGAAUCAUGAUGAGCAAGGCUCUACUCAAUUCUUGUUUUCCGAUAAUCCGUAGACGACAAGGAAUAGUCACGCUCGUCUUCUUCGAGCAAGGAUCAACCAAAACUCUAUGUGGCUUCAAGAAACAUGUUGCUGGAGAGAUCAUGUUUGAGUUUCCUGAUCAGAUCGUGUGCCAUGCAGAUUCUUUCUUCAUCGGUCGUCAAGUUCCAGCUCUAGCCAUGGACGACUAUCUCAUCCCAGGUCAAACCUAUUUCGUCUUACCGAUCGAACGUUUUGCUUACAAAAUCUUAACCACUUCGUGUCUCUCGAUCUUCAACUCCAAUAAUCUUGAAAACGUUCGCUCGACAAGUACUACUGCUCCACCGUUGAAUUUCACGGCGCCGUCGAGUCCACCACCGUUUGAGUAUUCUAAGGGACCAAACGGAAAAAUUCUGAUUAAAGUUUCUCCGAGUUUUAUACUUAAUCUUAUGUGUAGAAACAGAACCAACAUCGAAGAAGAAGCAAUAACUUGUGGUGAAAGCAGCUCGAUUUGUAACUCUCCCGAGUUAAAGAAGCAGUAUGAACAGCUUGUCGGAACGAGAGAGCACAUGUGGUCACCAAAUUUGCAAACCAUAUCCGAACACAAGAUGAGGGUUUCUCCAUUACAGUUCUUUGGUCUUAACCGGAAGCAAGAAAAAGUGAUAUGAAUAGGCUCUCGAAAUUAAUCUUAUCUAAUCUCCUUUGUCUUUGUAGUCUUUGUUUGGGAAAAAAAAAUGUAAAGAUGAAAUGUAAAUUAUAGUGGUUAGUUGGUAUUGUGUUUGGUUACAA